AUGGCGGUUCAUUCCUUUUUCGUUGUCUCUUUUGUUUCGUUCGAUUUUUGGGGCAUGUCUUUUGGUGGUUUGUUUGUGGAGGAGAGACUCUUUAUUUUGGGCAAAGGGAAGAAGAAGUUGGGAAGUUGGAAGAAGGAAAGAGGACAUCGGCUAAUUGAUAGCUCGUUUUUUAGAGCUAACUCAAGACAUUUGACUGGAAACUACAAGAGGCCUAAUGCAGCAGCAGCAUCUGUUUGGUAG